UUUGAUCCACGGUCACACUGCACCGAAACAAAAUAAACAAAAUCCGGCGGAGAAAGUGGCGAUAGACAAAUUGUCCGUUGAAAGCGUAUAUACAAGUGGCCAUGAUGCGCGACUGGAUGCCCGUGCUCUUUUGCGGACUGUCCGUGCCGAUUUCGUUGUUCAUGUGGCUGGGCAAUGUGGCGGUCUCAAAGUUUUGGACCAGCGACUUCGAAGAGUCUCGGGUGAUUCCGCCGGUGCGCUGGCUCUUCUCCACGCUGGCUCCCCUCGCCCUGAUGACAGUGGCUCUGCGCCGGCGGAGCGUCAGUCGAUCCGGAGCCGCAUUGGGCAUUGUAGUAGCCUUCAUCCUGUCCAUCGCCAGCCAUCCGUUCUUCGCCAGCCUGGUGGUGUUCUUCUUCAGUUCAUCGCGUGCUACCAAGUUCCGGGCGAACAUAAAACGCCGCUUCGAGAGCGAUUUCCGCGAGGGCGAGGGACAGCGAAACUGGGUGCAGGUGCUCUGCAACGGAGGCAUGGCCGCCCAACUGGCGCUUCUCUAUCUACUCGACUGCGGCAGCGGUGAGCGAGCGGUGGACUUCGCCCGGGAGUACCGAUCCAGCUGGCUGGGCGUGGCUGUGAUGAGUGCAUUCGCCUGCUGCAACGGCGACACUUGGUCCAGUGAAAUCGGUUCCGUGCUAUCGAAACGUGAUCCGGUGUCCAUCAUCACCUGGCGACGAGUUCCUCGCGGCACCAACGGCGGCGUAUCGCUGGCGGGCAUUGCAGUGAGUCUGCUGGGCGGACUGCUGGUCGGCUUCGGCUAUUUCGUCACCGUUCGCUACACUGUGGAGGCAAAAAUGCUGUUGGUCAGCCCUCCACAGUGGCCCAUCAUCGCCCUUGGCGGCAUCGCCGGGCUGUUUGGAUCCCUGCUCGACUCCAUAUUGGGUGGCUUGCUCCAGUACUCCGGCAUCAAUGCGGAGGGCAAGAUCGUCGACGCGCCCGGCAAAGGAGUGCGCCACGUGAGCGGACUGCGCAUUUUGGACAACCAUAGUGUCAACCUCAUCUCAAGCAUCGUCACCGGAGUCACCAUUCCCGUCCUCGCCCAGAAAUUCUGGCCCGUGCGUUGAUUCUGUUGGCUAUUGCUUUAUCACCUCGAAAAGGAUUACCUUCAAAGAUCAAAGCUUAUGUUUCGCCUUUAAGGCAGCAAUAUGCCGAUGUUAAAAAGUUAUAUAUUUAUCAGAGGCGGUGGACACACUACGUAUAUAUUUUUGUACAGCUUCCAUGGCUUCAAGCGAACUAACUGACUUAUGAGACUUGACUAAAAACAACGAAAUGGGCAGAUGAAAUUUAUUUUAGACUAAGGCAGCUCACCGUGUUCCUAUAUGGAUAAUUAUUUGUUUUGAAACUGCAUAAAUUCCCCGUGACUUCUCAUCUACAUGCAUAAUGUGCAAAAAAAAUAAAAUUAGGCACUAAAGCAUUUCAGUA